AUGAGCGCAUCCAGCAACACAGCCGCAGCCCCUCAGCAGCCCAACAACCCGCCCGCAUCCGUCGCGACCGCAUCGAGCGAAACCAAGGCUACCGACGAUGGCAGCAUUCUGAGCAAGGGAAAGAAGCUGUUUGGCCUGGGCAGGAAGAAGGAGAGCGUGGCUGGCAAACAGCCAACAGAGACUGCAUCCACCACCACGACGCCAACAUUGCUGCCCUCGCCCCCAAUGUCACCGCCCGAACAACGAGUGUCACCGCGAGGAAGCCCGCGCAUGCUGCCAAUCGGCGCAUCUCCCAGUCGUCGCAUCCGCUCCAACUCUCCUGGCCUACACAGCCCAGCGUCGUCGCUCAUCUUCGAGCGCAACGUACAGGAGCCUGAACCCUCGGCCGACGUGCCUGCACACAUCAAGACAGAAGACCACAUACCGCCCGCGCUGGAUGCGACAUCCUUGGCCAUUACAGACACGCACCUCAACCCCGACGAAGUAGAGAUCAUAACACACACGGCGCAUCAGCCAGCCGCUGUUGCGGUCGCGGGCAGCAUAAUCGACUCGGUGCACUCGCCGCCUCUGCCUCACACAGAGUCGGUGGCUUCUAGCCAUGCUGAGGUGACGGAGACAGCGCCUGGGUACGGCUCACUGGACACGGCGGAUCCACGUCGCUUGAGCUUCAUCUCAUUCGCAGACGUGGUGCAGGCAGAACACGUCGAGCACGACAGACAGGAAGUCUUGGGUGCCACGUCCAACGAGGCUCUGCAGUUUAUGAGCCUAUCGUCGACGGCGAACCGAUCGCCCUCGCCAGUGAGGUCUGCCGCGUCUUCGCCGCCAACUACCAGUGGAGCAGCCUCGCCCAAGCAUGCGGACCUGGCGCGCACGCGGUCACCCGCAAGUCCUACAUCCCCUAUCGUGCUCGGUAGCCCCAACCCAGCAUCGGGCGAAGAGCUGCCAGUUCAGAUUGAAACGAUGCGACAAGCACUGCGCAAGACGCACUCGGGCGAUCUUAGCGGCGCGCGCUCGCAGCCAUUGAGCGCAGCGAGUGUGGAGGAGAGUGCGGCUGAUAAGCCUCCGUUCAAGUGA